AUGGCUCUGGGUACUAUUAUGUCGCAUUAUGACCACUUGCAAUGUAUACAUAUGAAGAAGACUGGACUGACAGCUGAUUUACUGAAAAAGUUGGUAAUGUAUUUAAGUAAAACAAAAAAAGUUCGAGAAAUCAUCUUGGACGACAAUCCAAUUGAAGAACAGAACUUUUAUUUAUUUGUGCAAGAAGACACA